CCGCCUCCGGGUUAAGGGAUAAAAGGUCAACCGGAAGUUAAGAGUAGAACGAUGGUGGCGCGGAGGGUUCGCACCAUGGCGGGGAGAAAGGAUGGUGUCGAGGUUGUUUCUGCAGCCGUCCUUUCCUCAGACGAAGAAAGCGACGAGGCUCCAGAGGAGGUUACCUUCGAAAGCGCGCGAGUCGCGGCUGAGACAGCGCGCCGAUUGGCUGGGGAGUUCGCGCGCAGAGAGAAGACUACCUUGAAAGAAAAGAGACGACAGAGAGAAGAACUAUUUAAGGAGCAAAAGAAAAGAAAGCUGCUUCCUGAAAAUGUGUUAGAGGAGUUGGCAUCAUCAACACAGAAAAGCAAAAACCAGCCAUCUGACGCACCUGAGCAAGGUCAGAAUGUUGAAGAUGAGUCUGAAAGUGAGCAUGGCAAAAAAGAUACAAAAGGCAGCAGUGGAGAAGAAAAAAUAGCAACUAGGAUCCAAGAAAACUAUAUGGCUGUGCGUUUAAAAGAUCAGGAUUUAACCAACAAGCAGCAGCAAAGAGCCAAAGCCUUCAUACGAAGACACCUCUAUGGAGCAGGCUGCAAUCGAACUACUGCAAACAAGUAUUUUUCUGUUGCAAACAAGAAAAGUGUAGUCAAAAAAGCUGCAUUCCAGUUUGUGAAAAACUCUUGGGGUCGAAUGGAAAAGCAAAAAGCUAAGCAGUUUACAAAGCACUGGGUUUCUUCAACGAUAAACUCCUGAAACAUAUUGGCUGCAUUUUGACAUGUUGUUGUGGAAAAUAUCAUCUUGAGGACUUGCGUUUGAGUUUACAUUGCAUAAAAGCUAUAGUCAAUAUGCUUUCUUACAAAAUAUGUUUAAAAUUAUAGAAAGUUUUGAUGGUACAAUAGUGUUCAUUACAUUUUAAAGCUUAAAUGUAUAUGCUGCUUUUUGGAUAAAGAUUUAGUCCUUGCUAGUCUCUUCUUCAAUGUGUAAUAUAGCAUUUUAUCUUUUUGUGUUUAAAGGAUGGCUUCUCAAGGAAAUAUUGCACAGUAAUUAAAUAGAGUGAGGGCUUUAUCAUGUUUGUAUUGUGCAUCCUCCCCAAAGUAGUAUAGUGUACUUAGUAGUUUUUCACAUUUAAUCUGAAUUUAAGAAUGCAAGUCUUUUCCUCAGCUUGCUUAACUGUGCAAGGAAUUUUAUACCAUUCCACAGGAAUUGUUUUAUAUUCUGAGCUUUUUUUUUUUUAAUCUCUUAAUUCUUACAGCUGCAAAGGUAUGCGUAAGCAAUAUCUGCUGGAACAACAGAAGGCAGAGGUACUGAUAUAAGUGAAAUUCUCAAUUGUUAAAAAUGGGAUGCAAAAGAAAAAAAUAGAAUUGUACAAAAUUAAAAAACCCAUUUGCUCAAUAUGGAUUUUAAAAA